CUUUAAACACAGCCUGAAAGUCUUGAGUAUCUCGCAAAAUGAAAUAUUUUCUAGUCCUCUUCCUUUUCGGGAUCCUCUGCCAAAAUAUCCUCGCCAGAGGACUUGACAAUGCAGUCUUAGGUGACUUUGAACGGAGACUUGUGAGAUUGGAAACUCGGCAAUUCUCCGAAAGCGAAAACCUUGAGCACAGGAUGCUUAAAUUAGAAACACAUCUGGGAACACAGCAAGGAGAAGAAACACUGGAAAGAAGCCCAUUGGAAAAAAAUUUCUAUGCAAUUUCCAAUGUAGAGAAGCCAGUCGAGGGUAUUUCAUUCCUUCAAAGACUGGAGAAAUUAGAGAAGAACUGGGAGAAGGAGCUAGAGAAGCACCUCGCGGAAUUCUCCUCGAAAUAUGAGAAUCUAGCUGAAAGGUUCUCAGCUAUUGAGAAACAUGUAGAGGAGCAGAAAAUUGCUGCUCUUUAUCCGAUUGUGGAAAGGAUAAGCACACCUCCUAAUGACCCUGAAAGUGACCAAUCUGAAAGUGACCAACCUGAAAGUGAAAACUCUGGAGUGAAUACAUACCUGAAAAAUGGUAAAAAGUACUACUAUGUUAUAAAUGAUGAAAAACAAACCUGGUCUGACGCUGUGACGAAAUGUCGAAAUAUGAACGCACACUUGCUAAGUCUCCAAGACGAAGAGGAAUGGAGCGCUUUGAAAGAAGCCCUGAAUUCGGAGAACAGCUAUUGGACUGACGUCAACGACAUUAUGGAAGAGGACAAAUUCAUAUCCAGGACCUCCGGCAAAAUAGCUCCUUUCCUUAUGUGGGAUGAUGACGAACCGAAUUCCCUUCCUGGUGCGGAAGACUGCGUGGAGUUGAGGGCUAACCGUGAUUACAAAAUGAACGACGUGAAUUGCGGUGAACUGAAACAUUACAUUUGUCAACCCAAUGACGAAGAUUAAAGCCACUCGUACAUAAAUAAUUAUUAUUAUAUUAUUAUACAAAUUAUGUAAACAUUUUCUAGAAAUACAUAUUUGCUUAUACAUAUUUUGAGAAAAUAAAUUCUUGAAUAAACAUUUCGUAUAAAUGUA